UCUCUCCCCAAGAGAAAAGGUGAAUAGUGAGCAGUACCGGGGCCCCCGGAGGAACAUGAAGGACCAGAAUUUAUUCCUGAGUGAUUUUAACCCCCCAGAUUUCAACCUCUACAGUCUGCGUGUCUUACUGUUCCAUGAACAGUACCCAUCCGCAUGCUGUAUGGACAUUCUACGAAUACUCCCAAUUGGCCACUCUCGACGCCGCAAGCGACUGAACUGUCUUCCGCCCUAGAUAUUAAACGAGAGUAACGGCAGCCAUUGUUCUAGGUGUUCGGUUUUAUUCCAUAUGCUUGCCCGUAUAUACAACACCACUUGCGCAGCACCCCGGGAGUAAGGAUAUACAUGGAACGAAAGGAAGAAAAUAGACAAAGAUAAAUGCUUUUCAGUUGGCACGGCAAAAAAAGUAAAAGUGAGUGGAGAGAGCAUAAUCCCAGAAGAGGCCCGAGGCCGGAUAUGAAGAAAAAUAGGGAAGGGGAUAAAGCAUCUACUCAAUGAUGCGUAGCUAUGCAUUAGUUUUUAAGACUGCACUUCAGUACUCUCGAUGCUUCUUCACAUCUAGAAACCGCCCAUUCCGCCCAUACCACCCAUACCUCCCAUACCGCCUCCCAUGCCCCCACCUGGGGGGCCCUUCUCCUCCGGAGCAUCGACGAUUGUGCAUUCGGUAGUGCCAAGAAGACUGGCAACACCGGAAGCAUCACUAAGAGCGGUCCUGACAACCUUCAAUGGGUCCACAAUACCAGACUCGAUCAUGUUGACAUAUUUGCCCUUGGAGGCAUCGUAACCCAUGUUGAAGUCACCACCAUACUCUUCAAUAAGUUUCCCAACAAUCACAGAUCCCUCACCUCCUGCGUUCUCAACGAUGGUGCGUGCAGGGCGGGUGAUCGCUGACUUGACAAUUGAGAGACCGAGCUGUUGGUCAAAGUUGCCAACCUUGAUAUUGCCCAAGGCGUUUGUGGAUGCCUUCAGCAGGGCAGUACCACCUCCAGGAAGAAUCCCUUCCUCAACGGCGGCUCGAGUAGCAUUGAGAGCGUCGACGAACCGGUCCUUCUUCUCUCCAACCUCAACCUCCGAGGCUCCACCAACCUUGAUAACGGCGACGCCACCUGAAAGCUUCGCAAGGCGCUCCUGGAGCUUCUCCUUUUCAUACUCAGAAGUAGUGGAGUCGUUCAUCGCAACACGGAUUUGCUCACAACGCUGCGCAAUACCAUCCUUGGAACCUUCACCAUUGAGAAUGAUAGUAUCUUCCUUGGUAAUGGUGAUCGAGCCGGUGCUACCAAGCAUAUCAGGAGUAAGCUUCUCAAGUUUGACACCCAACUCAUCAGAGAAAACGACUGCAUUAGUCAGAACACCAAUAUCCCCAAGGAUAGACUUGCGGUUGUCGCCGAAACCGGGUGCCUUGAUAGCAGCAACCUGGAGUUGACCACGGAGCUUGUUGAGGAUACACACGGCAAGAGCUUCGCCCUCUAUAUCUUCGGCGAUGAUAACGAGAGGUCGACGCAUAGAGGUAGAAACCUCUAGGGCGGGGAUAAUGUCUUGAACAGCAGAGAUCUUCUUCUCGCUUAGAAGGAUUAAAGGCCUUUCGCACUCAACCUUCUGGGUCUUGGUGUCGGUAAUGAAGUAGGGUGAAACGUAUCCCCGAUCGAAUUUCAUUCCCUCCGUGACCUCCAAUUCGUCCUCAAUGGUCUUUCCCUCUUUAACAGUAAUAACACCCUCCUUUCCAACCCGUUCCAUAGCCUGAGCAAUUAGUUCCCCGAUAUGUUGGUCACCAUUCGCAGAAAUAGUAGCGACUUGAGCGAUCUCCUCAGAGGUAGUGAUAUUUCGCUUAUUCUUCUGAAGAUAUUCAACAACGGCUCCAACAGCUGCUUGGGUUCCGCGGCGGAGAUCCAUAGGAUUGCAACCAGCAGCAACAUUCUUGACGGUUUCGGUGAAGAUGGAACGGGCAAGAACCGUAGCGGUAGUAGUACCGUCUCCAGCAACUUCGUUCGUCUUGGACGCAACAUCCUGCAGCAAACGAGCGCCCAAGUUCUCAAAUUUAUCUUUCAGCGUAAUGGCCCUACAACGGCGUUAAUUACUUUUCAUACUCAAAGCAAUAAACUCAGUUUGUUUGCAUACUUUGCUACUGUUACGCCAUCUAUAAAAAGGUAAAAGUUAGCAUUAAACUUAAUGACUUUAAGUAGCUUCUACAAUUUACCUUUCGUAAUCUUAGGACUUCCGUAUGGUGAUUCAAUCAGAACAUUUCUUCCCUUAGGGCCCAAGGUGACGGCCACAGCUUUUGCGAGCAUAUCCACGCCAGCAAGCAGUGAUUGCCUUCCUUCAACACCAAAUUUCAAUUCCUAUGUCAAAAAUUUCCAUGUUUCAGUUGUCCGUCGCUCGCACCCAAUAUUAUUGACUUAUCAAACUGACGCAAUUGACCUGCCCAUCAGAUGGGCAUAAGAGCACUUACCUUGUGAGAGUAUGCCCGAGAUUGCUGAUGACCUGACAAAAGAGUUGGAGCAAGAGCCAGGGACCUCAUAUUGGAGGAAGAGGGACGAGCCCUAGCAGCGGAAGAGAGUGCUCUCUGCAUAUUCAAUUGUGGCUAGAACAAUAUUGGAUUCCGGUAAAAUAAUGGUUCUAAGGGCAGACGAAACGAACUCAAUUGUGGGGGAGUGAAAGCUGGGGGGAAGGCGGAAUUUAUGUUCACUGAGAACCGCUGUUACAAGAGAAAAGAAAAAAAAAUUCAGGAUGGAGAGAAAGGUCUGGAAAGUCUUGGCAUGAGGGCACCCGAGUGGGGCGCAACGGCUGCCCUACGGGUAAGUCAUGCGAGGAACUCGGUUCAAGAUAGUGAAAGAACAAUAACAUUGUGUCCGAGGUGCGGGGGACUCGGUGACAAAGAAAAGGAAGUGGGCGGUGUGUUGAUGCGAUCUGUUGACAUUCCAUGUCCCUCAGCCAGCCAGCCGGGAGUCGUAACCCCUCCAGCAUCUCACUUCCUCUCACUCACCUACUUCCCCCUCCCUCGCCCACCAAACAAACAUCCCGGAGAACCAAAGUUUUAUCAACCCCACCUCCAUCUCCAGAUAGGUAUGUUUUUACUGUCCUGAAUGCUUCCACUAUUUCAUUCAUUUCUUCACCUCUUUGGUUCCUGCUCUCCGACCCCGCAUCGCUGACCAUUUUCUCUAACAGAAAAAACCCUUCAAGUUCUUACCUACUUGCCCAUAAUGGUAGGUUUAUUUGUGCCCCAUGGCUCCGGAUCUAUAUCUAGCCACUAUGAUUACUGCUGCUAACUCUUAUCCUAUCAGUCUCGUUCAGGGUAGAUUCCCCUAUUCCUUCUUAUUCCUCCUUGAUUCUUCAUCAAUCAUUUCCUCACAUAAUAUCUUUUCCAUCAGAGAAUUCCCCGUUUACUAAGCUCUACGUAUAAACAGAAUCGGCCUCGCGGAGGAGGUUACUGAAUACUUCCAGGAACUCAAGCUCGGAAAGAAGCAUGCCUAUGUUCUCUACAAAAUCAGCGAUGAUAAUAGAUCUAUCGUAGUAGAGAAGAGAGGCGAAAAGGAUGCCCUAAAAAAACCAGAGGCACAAUACGACGACUUUAUCGAAUCACUCCCCUCAGACCAGUGCAGAUACGCAAUCUACGAUUUUACCUAUGACCUUCCUAAUGGCGAAGGAACAAGGUAAGGCUUAACUUCCCCACCUAAAGAAUCUCAGAACCUCUUAUUUCUAUUCUCUCCAAUGUGGUUUUUACUAUCCCUGGGCUAUCAGCCGUUUGCGGAUUCCUACCACCCAUCUAUGUCAUCCUCACUGUUCACCCUCUCCUAAACUAUGCUUGGUUACACAAUCGGUUACUAAAUCUCUAUAGGAACAAGAUCAUUUUCUUCGCUUGGUCCCCUGAUACCGCCAAAGUCAAGGUAAAUGAUCACUGUUACCACCCCGUACGUACCCCGACAGAGAGCUAAUUCCAAUUGUUAGAACAAAAUGAUUUAUGCAUCCUCCAAGGAUGCUUUGCGCCGUGCGCUCACCGGUGUCCCGACCGAGAUUCAGGGAACAGAAUUCAGCGAAAUUAGCUUCGAUGCAGUGUUGGAAAAGUGCGGGGCAAAAAAAACUACUGUCUCCUAAGACUCUUACAGCUCGGUACCUCGUUUUCUUGUCAUCGCAACUGCUAUUUCGAGCGCGUUUUUGUGUUCCCUAUCACGGUUCCCAUAACUCGAAAGCGGUAAUAUCAAGUUCUAUGAUGAACGUGCUGUUUGCUUUUCUCAGCUUUUGUGUGUGUGGUGGUGCAUGUGAUAUUCACUUUUGUGUAUUGCUCUAUCGAGGAUAGAAUUCGAUUGGAGGAUGUGGGAUGUUUAUAUCCACUAGGGGGGGAAUUGCUGUAUCGGAAAAAAAUUGGGUUUAUUGUACUUCUUUCAAAUCCUUGUUCUUUUU